AAGCAAGCACUUUCAUUCCAUACAUUUUGAUUUCAACAUUUCAAUACACAAAGUUUGGUAAGAGGAUAAAGCAAGAAAGAACUUUAAGCAGAUCAUUUGUACUCAAUUCAUCAAAGCUACUACAUUCAUUAAAAUUUUAGUAAACAUGUAUCAGUUCUUUGGUAUACUAUUACUAGUAUCACUAAUACAUGGACACGAGGACAAUUCAAUCACAGAAACCAUACCACCAAUAGUAAUGACUACAACAACAGAAAUACCAGUUACUACGAUAAAAUCAGAACCAUCAUUAAUUCCAUGUAGUUGUGGUGUUUUCUUGAGUGGUCAAUUAAAAAAAGGAAACAAAAUAUCACCCAGUGGAAAUCCAGCUCUUCUUCAUGAAAUGAGUGAAACAUACCCAUGUACAAGUGCUGGAAAUAAAAUGUGCAUUAACAAAUGCUUAGAUAUGAUUGUAAAACACUUACCCAACAGUCCAAAUAUUCUUUGUGGAUCUAUUGAAAGGGAUAUUCAUAAAGAAAGAGCAUACUUAUUCAUCAAAAACUGCAAAGACGAAUGGGUAAAUACAAACUUAUCUGCUGGUCGAGAAUAUUGCUGCAAGGAUGGCCUACCUUACAAGUGUCCUCUUUUGAGCUGAAUCCUCUAGCUAAAAUGAAUAUUUAUAUCGUUAUUUUUUUAUACUACUAUCGAUAAUUAGAACUAAGCUUUUUAUAUAACAUGACAUUGAAUAAUAAAAGUCCAGAUAACGUUUUAAUAGACAUUGUCGAUUUUAUUUAAAUAUUCGUUUAACCAUU